GGCUGUUGUUGCAAAACGAAGAUGGUGGUCCCUAGAACGUUGAGACUCUUGCGAGGCGCACGCAAUACUUCGCCGCCAUUACAGGUGCGAUGCGACUUCGACAAGGUCGGACGGGCCAAGUCAACGGCUUCUGUGGGCUCGAUCGGGGAUGAAAGCAAAACACUGGACGCGCCGUCUCAGCAUGCACAGGAGCUUCCACCACACUCAUUGCUUCCCAACAAAAUGCUACUUAGAUCGCUUUUGGUAGCCACGAUCUCCUCCCGUCCAUGGCUACUUACGCCAGCCUUGAAGAUGCUCCAAUUAUUAGUGCAUCCAAGACUAUCGUUCGUUGACGUCGACAAGAAUCCCCUCCUACGAAGCAUUCUCAAACGGACCUUUUACAACCAUUUUUGUGCGGGAGAGAAUAGGGACGAAGUUCAAUCCACGAUCAGUAAUAUUAAGGAUAUGGGAUUCAAGGGCGUGAUCCUGACUUACGCUCGAGAGAUAGUCGUCGAUGCGACCGGCCCGACGUCUGAGUCAGGAGCUUCUGUUAGCGAUCAAAGCUUCAAGGAGGAAUCAGCAAAGGAUCAAGGUAUUGAAGACUGGAAGGAAGGUGUCCUUGAGACAGUCAAUAUGAUUGGUAAAGGGGAUAUACUGGCGCUGAAACUUACUGGGGCCGGCGAAAGCGCGAUGAAGGCACUUGCCGCCAACACGCCUAUGCCAGACCAACUCAUGGACGCAUUACAGCAGAUUUGCACACGCGCCGUGGACCGAAACGCCCGCAUUUUCAUUGACGCCGAGCAACAAUCAGUCCAAACUGGAAUCGAUACAGUCGCCUUAGAUUUGAUGAGGAAAUACAAUACCAACGGGACAGCUGUGGUUUUCAAUACUUACCAAGCUUAUCUCAAGUCGACCCCCAACACUGUGAAAGCCCAUCUGGAUAUCGCCGAGAAGGAGAAAUUUACCUUGGGUAUAAAAUUGGUUCGCGGUGCCUAUAUCAACUCCGAGCCCCGGGGUCUCAUCAACGAUACCAAGCCUGAAACGGACAACUCCUAUAACUUCAUUGCCGCCAGCAUUAUCCGACAGCGCUAUGGGCCAAUUGGUGGCAAUUCUCCUUUCCCUUCCACAGAGUUGUUUCUAGCUACACAUAAUAGAGAGAGCGCUCUGAUGGCUGAUCGUUUAGUCAAAGAACAGCUUGCGGGAGGGCUUCAGCCACCCAAAAUACAGUAUGGACAGCUGUUGGGAAUGGCAGACGGAGUGAGUUGCAAGCUCCUUCAGAUUGGCAAGGAAAGCACCGAUAAGAGUCGUUCUGUAGCUCCAGAGGUGUUCAAGUGCCUCAGCUGGGGUAGCCUUGGCGACUGCUUAUCGUAUCUAUUGCGCCGCGCGGUCGAGAAUAGGGACGCCGUCGGCCGCACCAAGGAAGAAUAUCUGGGACUUCGACGAGAGACGUUUCGUCGUUUGAGGCGCGGAUUUAUGUCAACAAAUGCAUGUGAGGCAUGCCGCCGACGCAAGGUGAAAUGUUCCGGCGAGCAACCCUGCCACGGGUGUAUCAAACGUAACUGGGAGUGCAUCUACGGUCAUACUGGUCGCAUGCGAUACUCCCAAGCACAGGUAAAGCAACUACUGGACACAAUUCGAGACUAUGAAGAGCGACUUGCGACUCUGUGUGGCGAUGACAUAACCGUUCCCCUACCCUCUUCCAGUGCCCCGGAUCCAGAUCCGAGCCGAUCAUUAGGGCAGCCCGAACCCACAUCCCCAAACAACUCGACGACCCUGGGCAACCACAACCCUGAGGAACGCCCAUCAGAGAGUCUACCUUACGAUGGAAGCGUGGAUGGUAUUAGUCCCGCAACCGAUUUGACUUCGGGGCCUGCGUUUGAGUCCCAGGUGAGGUCAUUGCUUGACAGAUCGAAACCCCACAGACCCGUUUCGAGCGGAGGAUAUCAGGGUCACCGUGGGCCUGAUGCGCUUGUGGGUCGGUGGGCAACUGUCCGGGAUCUUGUGGAGGGUGUUAAGGACGCUGAGAUACCGUCUCUGGAAGAAUCCCACCAUUUAUUGGAUCAGUUCCUUUACUACCUGGGGGUGAGCCAGCACUUUUUUGAUCCUCGCUCCUUCUCCGAUUCGAUGGUGUUGCUUUUUCAAACGCCAGAAAACCGUGAGAACCAGAAACAAACGACUUGGUAUACAGAGUAUUUGCUGGUAAUGGCCAUGGCGCAGCUUAUGGAUGUUGAGCAGCCCACAUCUCAGCCACCCGGAGCAGAUUUGUUUGCUGAAGCCAUGAGACGGGUACCUCCAAUGCAAAGCCUUGGUGAAGAAGGGGUUAUUGCUGUGGAGAUUCUCACAUUGGUUGCAACAUAUCUACAAUGGUGUGAUCGAAGGCAUGAUGCUUACCUCUACAUUGGUCUUGCCCUUAGGCUAGCUAUUGCACUUGGGUGUAACUUGCCGGAAGACGAACAGACAUGUCUACCCUCACAGAGUGCCCACAGAGUUAGGUUAUGGUGGACAGUUUACAUGUUAGAUAGACGCCUAUCAUCGGGUCUUGGAUUAGCGGGCGGGGCCGAUGAACGCCAACUUCGAGCAGGGUUUCCUCGGCAUGCCGUAGGUUUUACAUCCCCCGUGGCCAUCAUCAUAAACGUCCGUAUUGCACGAAUAACGGAUGAGAUCAUGUGUUCAUUAUAUGGCAAUAAUUCCAUCACCCAAUUAGAACUUGUGAGGAAGAUCCAGGCUGUACUCCAGGAGCUGUACAAUAUAGGCAGAUCUUUCCCUCACUCACUAGUCUUGGACUUCAAUCAUCCGCUAGGAAGAGUGACACGCACGGGAUCUUCCCUCUACCUCAUGUUGUUCCAGGCAAUCAUACUUUGCACUAGACCAAUACUUUUGAGAAGGGUCCGUUUGGAGGUUCAAAGACAGCAAGAAUCACUGCCCCCCGAGCCAAUGCCGGAAGUUCUAGCCAGACUUUGUGAGACAUGUUAUGAGGCAUCAACGCGGAGUUUGGCCAUUCUAUACAGUCUUCAACAGCAACGAAUCAUUCCACGCUAUGGAUUCUUUGAUUUAGAUGCAACUUUUUCCGCCGCCUUUGUUUUGGUCAUGACCGGGUUCGCAGAGAAUGUUAAAGAGCAACCGCCCCCUGCGUUGGAUCAGGCAUUCCAAGUUCUACAAUUCCUCUCCCGGGCCGGGAAUCUAGCAGCCGAGCAACGAUUCCAUGAUAUUGCACAAUCAUGUUCCCAUGUCUGGCCAAACUAUGUUUUCCAAGGCGCACCUCGUGGGACUCAGACUAGAGAGAUAGGUUCAGUAAAAGACAGAGUCCAACGUGCGGUACCCAGGCAAGGAUCCACUAGAAGCAGUGGGUCGCAUCCCUCAGCUGCUCUACCGUACGCGAGUAUGGCUCAAGACUCUGUACAGUAUUACCCGGAUGAAAGCGGGCUUCUAGAGUCCUGGAACCAUGAUGAAACCUCGAGUGCAGCGUUUGACAUCCAGGGAGACUGGUGUUUUGAUUUGACAGGUGAAGCUGAAGGGAUAUAUUCCAGCUUCCACAACCCAACGAUGCCGUUAACGGGGGUGGAUUAUAUGGAUUGGCUUGAAAUUGAAAAGGUCUUCAAUACUGAGGGCACUUGACGGCGACGGGUGCUUUAUAUGUUGUUGGCUUCUUGAAUUCCGUGCUGUUCACUAAGCCCGUGACCGCUUACUUGAAUUUGUAUGGACACUCUAUGAAUCUAUGAAUAUAUGACUG